AUGUUUACUAACAUAUAACUUACUUUACAGUCUGAAAGAACAGCCAGUCUACCUCGGUAUCAACAGAAGAUUUUUACAAGAUGUCGAAAUCAGGACAGGAGGAAGAUGGAAGUCGGAUGAGAUCUCUGUCCGGCGGUACUUCAAAGGCGGUUGACAAUAGGAUGAGGAUGUCGUCGGGUGACGAUACCUUCGCUGAGGGGGGUCCUUCCAGGAAGACGUAUGUUUUCGAGACGUUUCGGCCCCGUUCGAAAUCCGACAGCAAGAGAUACAGACCAACUUUUAUCUCGACCCUGAGAACCUCUGGUAGCAGUGGAAGAAGCUCUCCAAAGGCGUUGGGCCACACCCUGCCUCCUGUUUACCGUACUCACAACAUUAUCAACCAGGCAGAUUCUUCAGAUUACAAGCGCCCGAGAGCUGGAUCUGAGAGCAAAUCUGGACCAGUAUCUAAAGUGAUGGGUUUGAUUCGCAACAGAUCCCAUUCUGUGUCUGCUGACGUUGCAGCGAAAAGAUUUGGAGCGACAACUGGAUCCCAGUCAACAGGUAUGUUAGAUAUUCGUUUUUACGCUCAUCAAAACUAUGCUUGAAUUAAUAAUUAGUACAAGUAAAAACCAGUGUAACGAAUUAAUGUAAGACAAUAUAACAAUUAAAGUCACACAUAACAAUUAAGAAAAA